AUGGAUGAAAGGUUCAACAAGUGGCUCCUGACGCCGGUGCUCACUCUCCUCUUCGUGGUCAUCAUGUACCAGUACGUGUCCCCCUCCUGCAGCAGCUCCUGUGCCAACUUCGGGGAGCAGCCCCGCGCGGGGGAGGCCGGCCAGCUUGCAGCUGCGGGACCCGCUCGCCGGGCACAGGCGCCCCUCGAGGAGUGGGAGCGGCGGCCCCAGCUGCCCCCACCGCCCCGGGGGCCUCCCGAGGGGCCGCCGGGGGUCGCGGCGUCGGAGGACGAAGACGAGGACCCGGGGGACCCCGAGGAGGAAGGGGAGGAGGAGGAAGAGGAGCCGGAACCCGAGGCCCCCGAGAACGGCUCCUUGCCCCGGUUCGUGCCUCGCUUUAACUUCACCCUGAAGGACCUGACCCGCUUCGUGGAUUUCAACAUCAAAGGGCGCGACGUGAUCGUGUUCUUGCACAUCCAGAAGACCGGGGGCACCACGUUCGGCCGGCACCUGGUGAAGAACAUCCGGCUGGAGCAGCCGUGUAGCUGCAAAGCGGGCCAGAAGAAGUGCACCUGCCACCGGCCCGGCAAGAAGGAGACGUGGCUCUUCUCCCGCUUCUCCACCGGCUGGAGCUGCGGGCUGCACGCCGACUGGACGGAGCUCACCAACUGUGUGCCGGCCAUCAUGGAGAAGAAAGACUGUCCCCGCAACCACAGCCACACCAGGAAUUUCUAUUACAUCACAAUGUUGCGGGAUCCAGUGUCGCGUUACCUGAGUGAGUGGAAACACGUCCAGAGAGGGGCCACAUGGAAAACUUCCCUCCACAUGUGUGAUGGGAGAAGUCCCACCCCCGAUGAACUGCCUACCUGCUACCCUGGGGACGACUGGUCUGGGGUCAGCUUGCGGGAGUUCAUGGACUGCAGCUACAACCUGGCCAACAACCGCCAAGUGCGCAUGCUAGCUGACCUCAGCCUGGUGGGCUGCUACAACUUGACUUUCAUGAACGAGAGUGAAAGAAACACCAUCCUCUUGCAGAGUGCGAAAAACAACCUGAAGAACAUGGCCUUCUUUGGGCUCACGGAAUUCCAGAGGAAGACACAGUUUCUCUUUGAGAGGACAUUCAACCUCAAGUUCAUCUCCCCGUUCACGCAGUUCAACAUCACGCGGGCUUCCAACGUGGAGAUCAACGAGGGUGCCCGCCAGCGCAUAGAGGAGCUAAACUUCCUGGACAUGCAGCUUUAUGAGUAUGCAAAAGAUCUCUUCCAGCAGCGCUACCACCACACCAAGCAACUGGAGCACCAGAGGCACCGGCAAAAGAGGCGAGAGGAGCGGAGGCUGCAGCGGGAGCACAGGGGCCACCGGUGGCCCAAGGAGGAUGGGAACACAGAGGGGGCAGUCACUGAGGACUACAACAGCCAGGUGGUGAGAUGGUGACCCCCUGCCCUCUUCUCCCUCAGGACGGGGAGGACGAGCAGGUGCACAG